AUGUAUUUUCGACUCACAAUGGUACGAACGUGCAAAAUAUCAACGGUGACGAAAAGUGGCUCAAUACAAUUACACAAUUUAGUGAAGACGCCAUUAUAUGAAGCCUUGAAUGGUCGUUAUAAAUCAGGGAUGCUUCAGGUAGUGCAGGAUGUUAAUUGGAAUGCCAAUACAGCACCUUCCUAUUCUUCAGAGCAUUUGACUUCAACUCUAAACUCAACUCGAUCUUUGCCGAUGACCAAGUUUCCCAAGCAAGAGAUCAUAGAGCGGGUAAAAUCAGACACUAAAGUUGGUCAAUGGAGAAAAUUCCUUACAAGUUGGUUUAGAAUUGGAUUGUUUCUUUUGAAAAGUUACAAAACGGGGAUUCAGGACACAUUGAAAGUAUACUGGGAUACAAGAAGCGUAGAACGCAGAAUUGACAUAAAAAAUGGCGCCCUGGCCAAAUUGAUGCGUGAAAUUGAAAUGAAUGAAAUUAACAUCAAAUUGUCGUCUUCGUUAUCGCCCAAAAAAGAAUCUGUAAGGGUUGCUUCAGAGCCAUUCUCAAUCAACAGAAAGGAGCUUGUAGAACUGAUUAGACGAGAUCAAAUCUGGAAAUUACCGGUUUUUUUCACUUUGGUAUUCAUAUUCGAAGAGAUAAGCGCAUUGAUCUUUAUAUUCUUUCCGCGUGUCUGUCCAUACAAUUGCUUGACUCCAGGUGGGUACAAGAAGCUUUCUAACAUUUAUAUUCAGGCCACUACAGGUGCAAAUGCCAAUUGUGGCCUGGGUCCUUUAGAGUUUAGUAAAGAAGGUACUAUAAAGUAUGAACCACCGUAUUCUCUUUCUACUGAAAAUCUGCAUGGCUUUUUGAAAAACUUCCCUCAAAGUAUGGUAUCAAGCUGGAAACUAUGCAUUUAUAAGAAACUAAAACUACAAAAAUUACUUUGUAAUGAGGUGGAGAAAAUUUACCAAUAUUUGCUAAUCGAUGACUGGCUACUGUUGCAAGGUAUACUCAAAACUGAUAGUGAGACGAUUAAGAUUGUUCUAAGUGAUAAAGAAUUGGUAAAUUGUAUACUCGAAAGGAAACUUUACCUAAUGGGCGAUGAUUUAAAUGAGAUGGUUAGCGAUACAUUAGGACAAAAAAUCUUACUGAAGAGACUGUUUCUUUACUGGUCCCUAAGGUAUAACGAUACUAUCUCAUUUAACGGGAAGCAUAUGUUCAGCGAGAAAUGGGGAGUUAAUAAUAUUUCACUGCUGAAGUAUAAUCCAGAGUUUAUAAUCACAAAUGAUAUUUAG